ACUGCAUAGAGGCCGCAGACAUACAGCACCGAGCAGGGGUGGCAGGUUUGCAUUGCUGUAGGUUUCCAUCUGAAUAUGGAGGUGGUGAGCCCUGGAUAUGUUGAGAUGAUAGAAUUGGACAUGGAUGAUGCAGAUUCAGACCCAGAUGAGCUGGUGCACUUGGGCAGUGACAGUGAGAGCAAUGGUCCAGGCCAGCCCUGUAUCCAAAUCACAGAUGAGUGCCUCCCAAUUGAGACCCACGGCGUCUCACUUGGAGUCCUGUCAGCCAUGCCAAGUUACACCAUCACAAGGCGAAAGGCAGAGCUGAAGAGCCUGAAGACCAUGUCCAGAAAGAAGGGUGUGUGUAGGAUUCGAAAUAUGCCCCUGAGUGUGGACGAAAAGAGAUGUCUGCGAAGAGAAAUGCGUCUGGAUGCAGAGGACCCUUCCACUAACACAGCCUUUCAGUGCGGUUGCCAUCAAUUUGCUCUAAGGGUGGGAAGACUGCGUAUGCACUUGUCCACCCUGUUCAGUGUUAAGCCAUGGAGGGGCUCGCUGAAGCAGGUCGGCGCUCGCUUUGGCACGGUGGUCCUGUCCUAUUUCCUCUUCCUGCGGACCCUUCUGCUCUACAAUGUCGUCAUGGCCCUCCUCGUGGGCAUUUUUGUGGCGCUGCCACAAGCCAUACUGAACCCAGAUCAGCCUCAAGCCCAGGACCCGACAUUCAGUGGCCUGGAGCUUCUCACUGGGGAGGGAUACUUCACCAACUCACUGUUGUACUAUGGCUACUACACCAACAGCAGCCUGAGGGUGGCCUGUUUCCAGUCGGACUGUGGGCAGGCAGUAAAGUUGGGCUACAGCAUCCCCCUGGCCUACAUCCUCAUCAUCAUCAUCUCUUUCUUCGUCACCUGUGUUAUGCUUGUAUACAGUGUUUCAAAGUCUCUGGGUAAGAGCUUGCUGUCUGAGGGGGGCUUGACGGCGUGUGUCUUCUGCUCCUGGGAUUUCAAAGUCACCAAGAAAUCAUCCAUCCUCCUGAAGCAAGCCAACAUCAGCACCCAGCUAAAGGAACUGAUAUCUGACAGCGUGGCCCAGAGGAGGAAAAGAGAUGGGAUUGUGUGCCAGUGGCUGCUGUGUGGACUAGUAUGGACCAUUUGUCUGGGCUGUACUGGGAUCUGUGUCUUGGGCAUCUACUUGUAUAUUAACUUCCUUCACCUGAAAAAGAUUGAGAAUGUCUUAGGGCUGCCUUUUCUGGUGAGCACUGUAAAUCUGCUGCUGCCAGGCCUUUUCAGAACCGUAGGCAGUAUGGAAUAUUACCAGUCCCCCAGCACACGGGCAUAUGUGGCCAUCUCAAGAAAUUUGCUGCUGAAGACAAGCAUUCUCAUAUUGCUUUCCUUUCACUGGAUGACAGACUCAGCGAUAGGUUUCAGAAGUCAUCAGUGUUGGGAGACCUACGCUGGACAAGAGUUGUACCGGCAUAUGGUUGCAGACCUAAUCAUGACCCUGCUGUACACCAUUUUGGGAGAGUUCUUCUGGAGUCAGUGUGUGCUGGGGGUGAAGAUGAGAGAGAAGCGGCCUGCGUUUGACAUCGCAUGGAAUGUUCUGGACCUCAUCUAUGGGCAGACUCUGGCCUGGGCAGGAGUGCUGUUUUCUCCAUUGCUGCCAGCUAUUCAGAUUCUCAAGCUACUUGUACUUUUCUACACAAAAAAGGCAAGUCUGCUGCUGAACUACCGUCCAUCCCACCAGCUGUGGAGAACCAAUCAGAUGAACACAAUCCUCACCACUCUCCUCUGUUUCCCAGCCUUCACUGGGGCAGUUGUGUAUGUGGCCUACGGUAUAUGGAUGGAGAAGCCAGACCCCAUCUGUGGUCCAUUCCGGUCACUUCCCACAAUGUUUUCACUGGAGAAAGAGUGGGAGGAGUUGGAGGAGGCCCACGCUAGUUUGGCAUGGCUGUCUGUGGUCUACACACACCUACUGAGGAAACCCCUCUAUCUCAACAUCAUUUCCACAUCUCUCAUGAUGGUGAUUUAUGCAUAUAGACAAAAAAAUGAUGGUCAGAAAAAACUCAUUACCCUCUUGAAGAAGCAGAUUAGAAAUGAGGGGGAGGAUAAACAUUUUCUCAUCAGUAAACUGAAGGAGCAGGAGCACCAGGAGUGAUUACAGACAUGACAAAAGGACUGCCAGAGACAGGGAAGGGAGAAUACAGAAACUCAAGAACUAAUUGUUUUUAUUAGCAAUGCUUGUGAUUUUUGUUGUUGUUGUAUUUUAUGUCACAAAUAAUAUAGUAUUAUAGAAUAAAAUGUGUGUAGGAUAUGCUGCAACUGUGCCUGCCUGCCCCUCUGCAUUUGUUCUUGUCAUAAUAUACUCGACUUGUUAAAAUAAAUGUAUGGUAACAAAGUGCUGAAGUUUCUAAACUGUUAGGGUGAUAUUUUUACAUUUUAAUGUCUUAAGUGUAAGUGUAUGUGUAAAUGUCUGACUUAUAUUCUAUAUUUUAAAAACAUUACGAAACAUUUUGGA